AUGAAAAGAGUGCAGCGCAGCGCUGCGCCCAUUGUCAGCAGCAGCAGCAGCAGCGGCAGCAGCAGCAGCCGCAGUCGGAGUGCCAGCAGCAGCAGCAGUAGCCGCAGUAGCAGCACCAGAAGCAGCAGUAGUGGCAGCAGCAGCAGCAGCAGCUUCAAACCCUUGCUGCAGCAAAGCAGCAUCAGCACGCGCAGCAACUUCAGCAGCAGCAACAGAAGUAGUCACCGGCUGCUGCUGAUUGCAGCAGCAGCAGCAACAACGUGGGACGAGCAGCACUCUGCUGCAGCACUAGGUACUGCAGCAGGAGCAGCAGGAGCAGCAGCAGCAGUGACAGCAACAGCAGCAGCAGCAACAACAGACACCUAG